GUCCCCUUGCCCAUGAUAGUCACGUUGACUCAUCUUUUCAUUCACAGAAUGAAUAUGCCUCUCGUAAAUCUUGAUAUCCUAGUGUCGGAGGUGGAACGGCAAACUGCCAUUGCUCUGAAUUCACGCCAAGAAAAUUUCUCAGGGUCACAUCACAGUCCUGAGAAAUUGAUUGUCAUUCAACGCCAGGAUCAUGAUAACUACCUGCACCUCAAAGAUUGGUGCCAAAGCGUUGGCCUGGCGGGCGAAAAGGAGUGGCAAGAUGUUGUUAUCCCGGAAAGGUGCCAAAGUUAUCUGUGGAAACUCCUCGCGUUCAGUAACUCAUCAUCGCCCGUUCUCAAUCCCAUUUAUCAACAGUCCCGCUGCCGAGAUAUCAAAGACAUUCGGGCAAGAGAUAAUAAUAUCAAGGAUAUCCAGACGGAAGAUAUAUGGCAGGCUCCGGGCCUUCGAACAUGGGCCACGUCCACCGUAUCGUCUACUGUCAUUAUACAAGGGGACUCACAAACUAUACGCUGUUUAGAGACAUUCAGCUAUGAAAUAUCUCUCCAGCUUGUGGAGAUGUAUCCCACUCUCUGGAUGCUAAGUGAGCCUUCAUCUCGCGAAUUUUUUGCGACAUGUGAUGAAACCGAGCUUUUGAGGCAAUUGGCCAUUCAAGCCUUACAUAAAAUAACACAUUUCGAGGCCAGCUUUUUCAUCGAAAUGCUUUGUCUCUUUAAAAAGUGCAAAAGCAUUCAAGACUGGUUGCGUAUUCUCAAGACCAUAGUCCAAAUACUACCGAAAGCCUACGUUAUAAUAGACCUUAACGUCCUAGGAGCUCGCAACAGGCAUGCGGAAAACUGGCCAGAUGACUUUCAAACUAUGAUCUCACAGCUAAUUAGUGGUUUCUCAUCGAAGUUAUCAAUAAUGCUAUUGUCUAGCAGGUUGCUUUCUAGUAGGAAUCGAAAUACCUUGGUUGUGUCAGUGACCUCAAAGUCCCGACAGUUGCUACAACUCCCGUCCCGGAAGCGGCCGCCUGAAAUGUCCUCAGCUUCAAUUCGAUGUCUGUCGACUCUUAUUUCAACUGAUUUAAUAGUUGACAGUCAGACAGGAUACAGCUCAAAGGCAGUUCUUGGAGCCAAGCGGACAUGCCACACCCAUGUUUCGGGAACCCCACACAGAAAUAAUAGCGUAUCUGAUCUGGAUAAUCUGGAAAAGUCUGUCAAUGGCCGGCGAAGAGAUAACGAGAGAUCAAAAGAACCUUCAGGUAACAUGUGCGGCGUAUCAAACCAAUAUUCCCUGCCACACCGGAACGAUAUCGCCGUCGCCAUAAUAUGUGCGCUUCCACUAGAAGCCGAUCCUGUUUUAGCAGUGUUCGACCAUCAUUGGGAUAUCCAGUCCUUUGGUAAUCUUCAGAUGGACAAGAAUGCCUAUUCGUUGGGAAGAAUCGGUAAUCACAACGUCGUACUCGUCCAUAUGCCCGGAAUGGGUAGAGCGGCUGCUGCGACGGUAGCAGCGAGUUGUCGCAGAAGCUUUCCAAAUAUUAGACUAGCACUCUUAGUAGGAAUAUGCGGUGCGGUACCCUUUCACAAUCGCUCAAUUGAAAUUCUAUUGGGCGACGUGAUUAUUAGUGACGGAUUGGUUGUCUACGACUUCGGCAGGCAGUUCCCAGACAAGUUUGUCCGAAAAGACGGCGCCUACGACAGCGCCAGAGGAGAUAAAAACCUUACUAUCCAAGAUGAAAGUCCUAAUGCACCAAAGCAGACUCCAUCACAGCACUAAAUCUCAUCUCGAAACUCUAGUGGAGAGUGGUUUUACAACAUACCCCGGGACGAAGGAGGACAGACUCUUUCAAGCAAAUUAUAGACAUCAACAUCAAACGCCCUUGGAAUGCCCUCAAUGUGCUUCCGCCAUGUCUUCUAAUGGCCCAGUAUGCGAUACAGCCCGCACUUCAACAUGCGACGCUCUCGGCUGUGACCCAACAAGACUCGUGGUCCGUCAGCGGCAUAUUGAAAUUGUGAACGGCAUCAAGAAUUGGUUCCCUGUAAUCCACUUCGGUGCAUAUGCAUCAGGGGAUACGGUUAUGAAAUCUGGCGAGCAUCGAGAUCAGAUAGCUGAAAGAGAGCAAGUAAUUGCGUUCGAGAUGGAAGGUGCUGGAAUUUGGGAAAUAUUCCCUUGUAUUGUUAUCAAAGGUGUUUGUGAUUAUGCGGACAGCCACAAGAACAAGCAGUGGCAAAAUUAUGCCGCGGCCACGGCUGCUGCCUGUUUGAAGGCCUUUCUUGAGGUUUGGCCAGCUAGCCAACCUGAUACCAGCUCUUAGUUCAACGUUUGUGGUUGAAGCAACCAUUCCAUAUUCUGCAAAGAAUUAUACAAUUUUAAAUUCAAGGCAUUAAGCUGAAAGUAGUGACAGGCAGGUAUGCAAGCCAUUAUGGGUAUGAUAUACG